UCGCCACGGCCCGGGCUGUGCUUGAGCGUGGGGACCUUUGUCCCCGGCGGGCGCAGCCGGGCGUUGCUGACAAACGGGUUUGUCUUCUUUGGGGAUAAAGCCAUGGCUGAAAUGAGUGAUAUCAACGUACAAAAACUAACCAUCGUUCAGCAAGCGAUAGCCUCUUGUUGUGGAGCUAUAAUUACAUCAUUAUUUGUAACUCCUUUAGAUGUUAUCAAAACUCGACUGCAAGCCCAAAGCAAUCAAUUCCAUAAAGGAAAGUGUUUUGUAUGCUCCAGUGGCCUUGUGGAUCAUGGAUAUGUUGGUGAAAAUGGGGACAGCAAAGCCUGGCAUAAAAAACCUGGGCAUUUCAAAGGGACAUUGGAUGCAUUUGUGAAAAUUAUUCGAAUAGAGGGAAUUAAGUCGCUGUGGAGUGGGCUUCCACCAACACUAAUAAUGGCAAUUCCUACCACAGCAAUCUAUUUUACCUGUUAUGACCAGCUGUCUGAAGCUUUGAAAAAUAGACCAGGAAAUCGUGAUGAGCACAUUCCAGUAAUUGCAGGUUCCUUAAGCAGAUUCGGCUCUGCUACUGUGGUGAGUCCCCUGGAGCUGAUCAAAACUCAAAUGCAGUAUCGCAGGUGGUCCUACAAGGAGCUCUACCUGUGUAUCAGCACCAGAUUGGCUGUAGAUGGGUGGAUCUCCCUCUGGGGGGGCUGGACUUCUACUAUUCUGAGAGAUGUACCUUUCUCAGCAAUGUAUUGGUAUAAUUAUGAACGUUUCAAGAAGAUGAUGUGCAAGGAAGUUGGUGCAAAUGAACCUACAUUUUUUGUUUCUUUUACUUCAGGAGCAGCAUCUAGCUCUAUUGCAGCUGUCAUAACUCAGCCAUUUGAUGUAGUGAAAACAUAUAGGCAGACUCAACUUUGGGAGAGUGAGACCUUAAAAACUCCACAGAGGGACCGUAAAUCAACCUGGGCAGUUAUGAGGAAUAUUGUCGCUAGAAAUGGGAUUACUGGAUUAUUUGCUGGUAUUACUCCACGGCUGUUUAAAGUUGCUCCUGCUUGUGCUAUAAUGAUCAGCACAUAUGAAUAUGGAAAGUCUUUCUUUUCUCAUCUAAAUGAAAAAAAGAAUCGACAUCCUUAGUUCUUCUUCAUC